AUGACGACCACUCUAGCAAUGCAAUCACUCAAGUCAACCUACAAAUUCCUGAAGACGCCCAUCAUAGUCUCAGCGCCCAUGCGCGUGUUCGCCGGCCCAGAUCUCGCGGUUGCAACUUCUCGCGCUGGUGGUCUAGGCUUCAUUGGCCCUGGCGUGAAGCCAGCAGACCUCGGUUCCAAGCUCGAAAGAGCACGGACACUACUCGACCAAGCACCAGUUGAUCACGACUCCAAGUCUCCCCAACUGUCAUCAAGCCACACUCUUCCAAUUGGCGUUGGCUUCCAACUCUUCGAUGGCGAUCUCCAAGUCGCUGCCACCACAGUCCGAAAGUACAAGCCUGUAGCAGCUUGGCUUUUCGUCCCCAAAAAUGGACAAUACGAGGUCGACCAGUGGACAUUAGGGCUUCGUGAAGCAUCGCCGUCGACGAAAAUAUGGCUGCAAGUGGGCUCUGUGGCCGAAGCUGUGGCUGCUGCCGAAAGCAAACAUGCGCCAGAUGUUCUGGUUAUUCAGGGCAUCGACGCCGGCGGGCACGGGCUGAGAAAAGGUGCUGGUAUCAUAUCUCUCUUGCCGGAGGUAUGGGAUGCAUUGAGGAAGAUCGGUUCUGAUAUCCCGCUGUUCGGAGCUGGCGGUAUCGCAGAUGGCCGAGGCGUGGCUGCCGUGCUAGGCACAGGGGUUGCUGCAGGGGCAGUCAUGGGCACACGCUUUCUUGCCAGCAAAGAAGCGGACGUCAAAUCCGACUACCAAAACGAUGUCCUUCGGGUCGUAGAUGGCGGUCAAUCCACAAUCCGAACAGACCUAUUUGACAGAUUACAAGAACGCCACGACUGGCCCGAUCGAUAUGAUGGACGGGCCAUCAUCAACGCCAGUGUGAGAGACGAUUUGGUGGGGCUGGACUUCCAGGAAAACAAGAAACUAUUUCAGUCUCAACAGAAGGAUGGCUCGCUUGGCUGGGGCAAUGACGGCAGGAUGACAGCAUAUGUCGGGAGUGCGGUGGGCUUGGUGAGAAGCGUUGAGACGGCCCAGGAUAUCGUCGAAGGAGCCAGAGACGACGCCAAGCAGGCUCUGCGGCAAGCCGUGGCCGAAUUCGACAACUGA